AUUCAAUAUUUCUUGACCCCUUAAACCAAAUAAAAAAAAAAUAGUUGGGGGUUGAAUUUAAAAAUAUCCAGUUUUUCAAAGAAAAAAAAAAAGAGAGAGGGGAUAAUAAGUGCCUUCUCCUCAAUUAUUUUACUACUAAUAAAGUCCAAAGAGAAAUUUUCACUUUGAGAAGUUUCUUUGUAAGAAGAAAAAAAAAAUGCUGGAAAGUUCUGUUUUGUUGGAGAAUACAGCUACUGGUGUCGCCGGCGCCGAUGGUGAAGCGGCGGAGCUGAAGAAUGACGGCGGCGGUGUUGGCGGUGGUGGUUCAGAGGAAGAAGAUAAGAAUUUUUCAGGUGGAAAUCGUUGGCCACAUGAAGAAACUUUGGCUUUACUCAAAAUAAGAUCGGAAAUGGAUGUUGCAUUUCGUGAUUCCAAUCUCAAAAGCCCUCUUUGGGAUGAAAUUUCUAGGAAGAUGGCUGAGCUUGGGUAUAAUAGAAAUGCGAAGAAAUGCAGGGAGAAGUUUGAGAACAUUUAUAAGUAUCAUAAGAGAACGAAAGAUGGUAGAUCUGGUAGACAAACUGGGAAAAACUAUCGAUUUUUCGAGCAAUUAGAGCUUUUAGAUAGUCAAUCCUUGUUUUCAUCGCCUCCGUUAAACCAUAGCCAAAUCAAUAGAAUGGAAACAAUGCCAGUGCCAAUGCCUAUGCCGAUGACAAUGAUAAAACCAGCUGCUAAUGGAUGUCAGGAUUUUAGAAUGGAUCUUAGUCGAGUUCGGGGUUUUAAUCCGGAGUUCAUGUCAACAUCCACGUCCACGACCUCGUCCUCGGGGAAAGAAUCCGAUGGUAGUGUGAAGAAGAAAAGGAAAUUGGCUAGUUAUUUUGAGAGGUUGAUGAAGGAAGUGCUGGACAAGCAAGAGGUCUUGCAAAACAAGUUUCUAGAGGCAAUGGAAAAAUGUGAGAAGGAUAGGAUAGCGAGGGACGAGGCUUGGAAGAUGAAGGAAAUCGCGAGAUUAAAGAAAGAACAAGAAGCAUUAGCCCACGAAAGAGCAAUUUCUGCUGCGAAAGACGCAGCAGUGAUUGCUUUUUUGCAGAAAAUCUCAGAGCAACCCAUUCAACUACAGUUACCAAUGGAUUUACCCCAAGUAUCCCAUAGGCAUACCGAGGAACGAGAGAGUGAAUCAAUGAAAACUAUCGUAAAUCAAGAGAAUGUUAUGCAACAAGACAACGACAAGGAAAACAUUGACAAACAAGAGAUUGAUAGUGCUGGUGAGAAUUCAAACUCGUUUCAAACGAAUUCAUCUUCUCGAUGGCCUAAAGCAGAAGUGGAAGCCUUGAUCAAGCUAAGAACAAACGUCGACUUGCAAUACCAAGACAAUGGAUCAUCAAAAGGACCUCUAUGGGAAGACAUCUCAUGUGGUAUGAAGAAGCAUGGAUACGAUAGAAACGCGAAGAGAUGUAAAGAGAAAUGGGAGAACAUAAACAAGUACUAUAGAAGAGUUAAAGAAAGCCAAAAGAAAAGGCCAGAAGAUUCAAAAACAUGUCCUUAUUUUCAUCAAUUGGAUUCAAUCUAUCAAAACAAGUCCAAGAAACAAUUGCCCAUUAUAGAAACUCCGGGUUCCAAUAUGAAGGCCGGAGAGAUACUAAUGCAAAUAAUAAACCAGCAACAACAACAACAACAGCAACAACAAGCAUCAGAAAGAACAGAAUGUUGAACAAAAGGCAAUACAAUAAUGGAAGUAAUAGUUUGAUGAAGGACAAGAAGGUUUUUCUUUUUUACUUUUGUGGUUAGUGUACCAUUUUUUAGGAAGUGGGACAAAAUCAUUGGAGUUAAUAAUGUGCCUUGGAAAUGUGGGUUCAAGAUUCAAUUAAGUGUGAGGGAGGAACUUUUCAUUCACAAAGUUAUUUUUACUAAAAAUGCACACACAAAGAAAGUGGCAUAUUUUCUUUUUUUCUAGUUAUGUAUAUUUAAUCAUUUGCUGUUAGUAGUUAAAUAGUGUCAGAGGGAAUAGUUUUAGCUUUGGUGUGAUUUUGAUAUUUCUUUUAAGACUAUAUAUAUAGCAUAUAGUAUACAUUUUCUUCUUUUGAGGCUUUGGUUUCUCAACCAUCCUCCAUGAGUCCAUGUGUGUACUAGUUCAAAAUAGUUGAUUGUGUUUGUAUGAAUUGAGAAUAUACUUUUA